UCAAUUUUCUUGUCUCUGGUUUUUGUAUAAAGAAGAACGAUUGAACUAGCAUCGUUGCCCGUUGUAUCACUAAUGAACAUCACGACCAACAAUCGGCGUCAAAUUAUAAUCCCACACUGUUGCUACUCAAAAACGAUACAUUUUAUACUAGUAACGGAGGAAAAAUUGAGAAAAUUUUCAGUGUUUCGUGUCAGUUGCCUACAGCUUUUGAACGAUGAGUGUGCAGCCGCUGUAUAGUUUAGUCAACUAUUUCGUAGCGUUCAAAACUCAUUAAAUAAUUCUUUGUGUGCUUCCCUUGUGGGAUCGUGAAUAAUUCGAGUUCAACUGCAAUAAUUUUCAAAUUUGUUUAAACGGAAGAAAAUUGAAAGUGAAUUAAUAGGAAAAAGAGUUAAAUAAAAUUAUAAUUGAAAGUCGAAAAGCAACGAAAAAUUGGAAGAGAAGAAAAAUACUAAGAAAGUCGACACUCUCAAGUUCUGAAACUUUGAAUUUUGUGAAGUCUCAGAAGUGAAACUGAAAAGAAAAAGAAAAUCGUUUUUCUUUCCUAAAAGAAUUAAAAAAAGAUAAUCUGGCAAAAAAAAGUUACAUAAAAUCUCCUAGUAAAAAGUGAAUUUAAAUCAAAUUUCGGAUAAGUAAGAAGUGUGACGACAAUGGCUGAAGUUGAGAUGGAAGAAACUUUCGAGACCACGACGGUCCGGAGAAAGACCGUCCGACAAAGCUUCAAAAUACAGGAAACAGCAUCUUCAACAAAAUCAGAAACUAUGACAACGCCAGCUAAACUUUAUGGUAAAGACCUUAGCGAAUAUGAUGACAUUGAUGUGGACGCUCUCCUAGCGCAAUUGUCACCAGAAGAAAUUUCGAUUUUAGCAAAAGAAGUUGAUCCUGAUGACACAUUUUUGCCUCCAGACCAGCGUACCAGCUACGAAUGUACAAAAUCACCUACUGGACCUCUCGAUCGGAAGAAGUUGAUUGAUCAUAUCAACAAGCAAGCUAUUGAGACUCCAGAUAUCCCUGAUUUGGAACCUUUCAUCCCUGGUACAGUUCGUGGGAAGAAAUGGAUUCCACCACCCCAAGAAGCUCGUAUGCAAGCAGCUGAAGAACAGAUUGCAAUCGAUUUAGGUGAUGAGUAUGAGCAAGCUCUCACUGACGCUUCGCAAGAGGAAAUCAUCGAUUUGGCAGCUAUUUUGGGCUUCCAUCAAAUGAUGAAUCAAGAUCAGUACCAUGCGUCGCUUUUGAACAAAGGCCAACCACUUGGCCUCGGUUGGGAUGGCAUCACGAAAGCGUCAGCAGCCAAGGUUUAUCCGCCCGAGAAGCCAAACUCCACUGACGUUGACGAUACAAUUAAACGCGUAAAAGACAACGAUCAUAAUUUGACUGAUUUGAACUGGAAUAACAUUAAAAAUAUUUCUGAUGAAAAGUUCGAGCAAUUGUUCACGGCAUUAAAAAAUAACACAAAAUUGGAAGCGCUUUCAUUGACAAAUGUCGGUCUUACUGAUCGUACUGCGCUUAUGUUGGCUGAAGCUGUCGAGAAGAAUUCGACACUUCGCGUGUUGAACACUGAAACAAAUUUCAUCAGUCCACAGGUGGUUGUGGUUUUAGUGAAAGCUCUCCUGCAAAAUAUGAGUGUAGAGGAAUUCAGAGCCUCAAAUCAGCGAUCACAAGUCUUGGGUAAUAAGAUCGAGAUGGAAAUCACAGAUUUAGUGGAGAAAAAUUCCACGUUAUUAAGAUUAGGCCUCCAUUUAGAGUUUAAUGAUGCAAGGCAUCGAGUGGCAGCUCAUUUACAGCGCAACAUUGAUAGAAUUCGUUUAGAGCGACUCGACUUCGAUCCUGAUAAUCAAGUCGUUAGAGGUGAGCGAUCCGAUGAUGAAAGUGACUAAAACACUUAUUCGUUCGAAAUUCAUUCGUCCACGACCAUAUCAACCAUCAAAGUCAUCAAAAGUCAAAUUAAAAAGCCAAUUAAAGAAGAUAAAAGCAUAAAACAAAAACUGAUUAAUCAAAAAAUAAAAAAACGCACACAGAAUGUUUUAUUUCUUAAUGCUCGAGUAUAAUUAAGCAAAAGUCUGCCGCUUAAAAGCUUAACGUCGCACCAUUUUAUCAACUACUGCAAAUAUCUUAGAUUAGAAGCUGAUUCGUUUUAGCAAAAAAGAAAAAAGAAAUGAAUGAGAGUUUAUGUAAAUUUUAGAAAAAAGAAUGUAAUUUAUGUAAUAGGUCAUAAAUUUCGGCAGUAAUUUAAUUUUAAUUAACUUUUGACACUCUUUGUUCCACUCACAAACACACACAAAAAACAAUGAUGUCAUAUGGUCAAAGGAUAAAUUGCCUAGCCAAUAAACUUCGUUACGACUUAUCACACCAUCAAUAAUUAGAUUAAAACAAAAAGAAUUCUUUCGCUCUGUUACUUGUUAUGUUUUCCUACAACUCCAAACUUACUAAUUUUGACUUCUUACGAUCGUGUUAUCACAAUGGAUACAAAAUUCGCCAAUCCCGUCUUAGCAAACGUAAAUCGUAAAAAAAUAUCACUUUAAUCACCAAAACAUUUGUCAGAUGAUCCUCUUUCUAAAUGGUUUUAUCAUCACUCGUUUUAUCCUUCCAAUAAAAAAAAUCAGCUUUUAUCAUUAUCAAGAAUCAAUCAGCAACUUCUUUAAAACAAACAUACUAUCUACAUUAGAGCUGAGAUAAAACGAUCAGAAAAGUUCUUUCGACAAGUUCGGAUUGGAUUUUUCCAAAGCGAUCGUAAGAUAACUGGAUUUGCGUAUUACACAGUCCUAGCCCAUUACGCCUAAGCAGCUUCAACUCUAUUAGCAUUUAGUGCAGCUACACAAGCAGAUAAAUUUUCAUCACAAUAAUUUAACCACAAAUUUUGUUUAUAUCCUUCAAAUCAAUUUUUAAUUUAUGGGAAUCUGAAAUUUGGCACUUUUGAAAUGUUUAGAAAGCUUUCAAAUAUUUAAACUUGUAAGAAUUUUUUAAAUUUUCAUUUCAAAAGUUUCAAUUUUUCGAUCUCUUCAUUUUUUUUCGUUUCUCUCUUCAAUCCUUUCUUAUAUUCGUGAUUUUUAUAUAGGAUGUAGUUUUCCAUUUAAUAUUUUGAAAAAAUGGAUGAAAUCAAAAAAAAAUUCAUAUUUAAUUAUUUAGAUACAAUUGCUUUACCGAAAAGAAACGAAAAAAAAAACAUAAAAAGUCCUUUUAGACCACUUGCAUCAACACAAAAUAAAGUUUAAAAUAUAAUGAAAAGCUUUGAAUGUAUAAAGAUUGAAUCGUUUUUAGUUCGAAUGACUUUUGAUCAAAGAAGAAACAUGUUAAUUAUAAGAAAAUUUGGAAUCCAAAAAUAAUGAUUUAAAGUGUAAAAAAAUCUUUUUUCUUUCUUUUUUCGUUCUGGUGUUAAUCUGUAAUCAAAACAUAAAAGAUUUUUCAUUUAUUCAUCCUUUUAUCAAAGAUAAUAAGAAAAAAAGAGAAUUGUUCAUUUUUUUCUUUAGAUUUAUAUUAAUGUUUAAGAUGACGAUGAAAAAUUAUGCAAUCAAGAUUUAUUUAUGACGAAUAAAAUGCUUUACUGCAGGAUAAACGAAAA